AUGGCGGAGGACGCGGCCGAGCUCACGCUCACGGAAUCGGAGCAGUUGGAGGCCCUCGAAGACAAGGACGUGGACCUUGAAGCCUCGAACGGGAUCGGAGCCGGGGGGGAUUCCUCCUUCAACGAUCCCGAAGGCCUCAACGACGAUGCCGAGCUCGAGGCCAUCAAGGCCCGCGUGAAGGAGAUGGAGGAAGAAGCCGAGAAGUUGAAGCAACUCCAGAGCGAAGUGGACAAGCAGAUGAACAUGGGCAGUCCUGCAUCCUCCACCCCCUUCAAUAUGUCGCUGGAAGAGAAGAUGGAGAUCGACUCCCGUUCCAUCUACGUGGGAAACGUGGACUACGGUGCCACCGCCGAGGAGCUGGAGCAGCACUUCCACGGCUGCGGCUCCGUGAACCGGGUCACCAUCCUCUGCGAUAAGUACUCGGGCCACCCGAAAGGCUUCGCCUACAUCGAAUUCACCGAGAAAGAUUCGGUCGGGACGGCGAUGGCCCUGGACGACUCCCUCUUCAGGGGCCGUCAGAUCAAGGUGAUGCCCAAGCGCACGAAUCGACCUGGAAUCUCGUCCACCAAUCGCCCGCCGAGGGGGCGAGGGGGGGGAUUCAGAGGCAGCACGCGUGGGCGUGGGUACAACCCGUAUUUUGGCUUUCGGCCCAUGCGACGGCCACGCGGUCGUCGGGGCUUCUUCUAUUCUCCAUACUGA